UGUCUGAACUUCCCUCAGAUGAGAAAUUUGAUAGACUAUUAGACUCGAUGACUGACUGAUUUGAAGAAGAGCUUCAGAAAUUGAAUAUUGAAGAAUGCAAAGAAGAAUUUAUUAAACAGCUCAAACAAAUGCACAUCCCUGGAUAUGCCGAAGGAGAUCAGGAGCCAGAAAAUCAAGAUUCUGACGAAGACUGGAUUGAUUCCACUCCUAAACCCAAAGCAUCCCAGCUUGAUAUUGAUACAUUCGAGGCAUAUUUAAAAAUUGGUUUGCCAAGCAUUAAAAAAAAGGCUGAAGCUAAGAUCUUGAGCAAGUUAAACAUUACUUCAAAACAACUGAUACACCGAAUGAAGGACUUUAAGAGGACCAUUUUUCUACCUGAACCAAUGCCUCUUUCCUCCUCUGAAGAAAUCGAAGAUGAGGAUACUUUCUGAGUGUUCAAAUUUGACUCUGAUACUGGUGAUGACAAAGAGGUAGAAGAACUUUACCAAGAACUGCUCCAGGAGAAGGAAUCACUUAAAUCCAUCCUACUAGAAUCUAAGAAGAAGUACCGUGAAGUUCAAGUCGAAGAGAACAAGGAGAUCAUGGAUCUUCUUGAAAAGACAGAUUUCUCUACCUAUAACUUCAAGUAUUCCCCACAAGACCCGGAUAACAUUAAUCAGCUAGCAUCAGCGGAGAGUCAACCAGAUCAUCCACAGACCAUUACUUCCUCGAUCAAGGCCUCUGACUUCGUCUCUGAUUUGGUCAGAGACUCAGAAGAGAAAACAGAAGCUGCUUUUAAGAGGAAAGAAGAAAAUAUUAAGAAAUUGACCGAACUGCUUGAAAGAAUUGAAGCAGCUUAA